AUGCUCUCUAAAUGGCAUUGGCGCUUUGCUACGGAGACCAAUAGGUGGUGGAGAGAACUUAUCAAUACUAAAUAUCCGAACCCUCACUCGUGUUGGCAUACUGGUAAGAUCGAUGGCGGUUAUGCCAAUUCGGCGUGGGCGAACAUUAUGAAAGAGCGCAGCAGUUUCUGGAAUUUAGCCUGCAUUGACCCCGGUAGCGGAGCUUGGACCUCGUUCUGGCACGAUCGAUGGAUCCCAGAAGCCUCUUUGUCUGAAACCUUCCCUCGCAUCGCCGCCGUCACCAGUAAUCCUGAUGCUACGGUUUCCGGCAGCAGAGUUCAUUCAGGUAGUGAGUAUAACUGGGUGAUUCCUUUAAACUUUUCUCUGAGAGGGGGGCUGAGCGGGAGCGGGCUGAGUUGCUUAACUUUCUUGAGACUAACGCCGUUUCAAGGCUGUCCAAUGGUCCUAGCAGACUUGUCUGGCUUCCUUGCGCGGAUCAUCCCUUUUCCGUGCGUUCCAUGUACAGGGCAUUAA